CGCGUCAGUGCGCAGAUAAUCAAGUAGUGUCCUGCGAGUUCUCACGGCGUCCUUCGUCGCACCAUCCCCGUGGUCGUCAUGCAUCACGUUUCCGUUGUGUGUUGGUGUGUCGCCGAAAUCUGUUGGCAGUUGUUGAAGGCGAUGUCUUCUGCGCCGUGUGCAGCGAUGGGGAAUGUCGCCGCCGACAACUGUUCAAAGCUGUCAACAGCCGAAAGGGCGGCGGUUGCCACGGCCGUUACCGUUGUGCUUAUGCGCUGCCAGAUGGAACGCAGUGCAGGGAGAUUGAAGGCGCAGCUUCGCGCACGGAGGAGGAAGGCGAUGCAGGCGCUGCCGGUUGCAGGGCUGAACACCGCUGCCAUCUGUGAAGCCGUCUUCCAGGUGUGUUGCACCAUGGGUUGUGGCGGUAUGCCUAAAGCCACGCCCAGGUGGUGGGUGAAAAGGAGGAAGGGGGGGACGUGGGAGGAUCUGCGGCCUGCGGACGACGACACAGAAGAGUACUUCCACGAUAAGCUACGUAUGUCGCCGUGUGUCUUCCGCGAGAUUACGGAAAACCUAUUGCCAUUUUUGCAGCGCCGUGUGACGUUCUAUAGGGAGCCGUUGCAGCCAGACCACAUCGUGGCGUACGCAUUAGCUACAGGUGUGGUGGCGGUGCGGGACGUCACUGCGGCGCUGUUGGCAGUCUACCGGGAGAAGGUGUCGUGGCCGACUGGGGUGCGACAGGCGGUCGUUCUGCGUGCUUUCGUUGAGAAGGGGUUCCCUAACUGCCACGACUGUAUCGACUGCACGCAUAUCUACAUCGACAAGUCGACGAACGCACCUGGUGAAGACUACUUCGACAAGAAACGACGUUUCUCAGUCGUCGCGCAGGUCGUUGUCGAUCUCGACUUACGUGUGAUGGAUGUUUUCGUUGGAUAUCUGGGAAGCUAUCACGACGUCAGGGUCAUUCACCUCUCUAGUCUUUGGGCGCGUGCGGAGCCCGGGGAGCUGUUCACGGGGCCGCCUGUGAUGCUCCCCUUCCAAGUGCAGACAAGUGGCUAUCUGCUAGGUGACAAUGGGUACCCGUCCUCGGAAUGGAUAGUCGUUCCCUAUGGUGGAACCAGUCAGCAGUCGUCCGAGUUGCGGUUCGACAACAAGCAGAAGACCGCGAGGUGGGCAGUGGAGAGGACUUUUGGGAGGCUGAAGGGUAUGUGGAGGUUGUUCCUGCGAUCGCACAAGACAAAUAUGGAGACGUUGCCGCAGCAGUUCGCCGCCGUGUGCAUUUUGCACAACAUUCUCAUCGAUGUCGGCAUCCCCUUUGACGACAAUUUGCUUUGGGAGGUGGACGCCAACAGAGUUCAGCGGCGUGUGGAUCUGGGGAUCCAACGCCCCCCAGGUCCGCCCGUGUGCAUGGACAGUUCGACGGGGGAUGCGUUGAUUCUAAGGGAUGCGCUGGCAGAGCGGAUGAGUGUCCGUUAAAGACGGUCGGCGGUGGAUGUCCACGUCGC